UAGUCCUAUCAGAAUGGUUAGAUUUUCCUGCUUCCAUGCUCAAAUCCACCCGCAUAAACAAAAGAAUCCAGUCCAAAUGUCUGCUGAAGCAAUGCAAAAGAGCCUGGAAGAUCAUUCUCAGAAUCAUUCCAUGAAGGAUUUUAGUUAUUGUCAAGCUAACAGUCCUUCGCACUUGAAUGAGGAGAGUGAUGCUGUGGAUGGUUAUGCUGGCCAUGUUAUAGAUUCCUCUUCUAAUGAUCAUGAUAGUAAAUCUGAAGAGAACGGGGAUGACUACAAAAGUGAAUGCAAUCCAAGUGUUGAUCAGAGGAAGGCUGGGAAGGAAGGCUGUGUGAUGACUAUAACUCAGAGGAUGAAAGUCGUGAAAGAUUUUCAUUUGAUGGAUCAGAUACCUAAGAUGGUGCCAAGGAUUUUGUGACUAACUUGCUCAAUAACAGUGAAGAGGUUCAGCCCUCUACAUUUGUUCAAGUAAAUUCUGAUUUGGCAAACUCUGAAUCUAUAUCUGUGAUUGAAAACCAGAAAGCUAGAG